AUGUCUCUAGAAGUCAUUUAUGUGACCCGACAUGGGUUCCGUUCCCCAUGGGCUGUUGACCCGUCCACUGGAAACUAUACGGCUUCCAUCCGUUCUCCUACGGGUUUACCAACCGACCCGGCUCUUGCAUCUCACGGUAUUGAACAGGCAAAUGAGCUAGCAGAAUACCUAUUAGGGCUUGACCCGCCGAUAGAGCAAGUCUAUUCCAGUCCCUAUUAUAGGUGCAUGCAGACGAUUCAGCCCUUUAUAUGCAAACUUAGACAUCUACAGACCCAAUCGUCUGGGGAUGUCUCAAAAGACCCACACUCUGAGAUUCGUGUAGAUCUUGGCCUUAGUGAAUGGUAUGGCUUAGCACACUUCGAGCAUCCCUCAUCUGCACCCCUGAACAAGUUGCAAAACCUCUUCCCCGAGCUUGAUGCGAGCUAUGAAUCUAGUCCAGCGCCUUCGCGCCGUGGAGAGACUUUGCCACAAUUACACGAUCGGGUCGCAGAGGCGAUCGAUUUCAUUAUUAGACGUAGCGACCAGGAGGGCCAUAAAACCGUGCUAGUAUGCACUCAUGCAGCGGUAGUUAUCGCGCUAGGGCGAGUUCUUACUGGGCAGACCGAGAAAGACUUCGGGGCAUUUACUUGCGGAUUAAGUAAAUACAGGCGGCAGUUGCGUGGCGCCGCCAUCCAAGCAACUAUAAAAUCUGAAAAUGAAGCAGAAACUAACGCCAUAAUUCCGACGGCGCAGAUCGACGGAGAGGUCGGAGUACCAAGAUCUAAAACCCACUCGAAAUCCGAUCCUGCAGGCAAUGCCGAUCUCCAGCCACAUGACUCAAUGUCGCUUAAUCUAGGGUCGCCAGGGAGAAUUGGCUCCGGACUUUACGGAGGCUGGAGUUGCGAAUUGGACUCUGAAUGUAGCUUUCUUCGAGGCGGCGAGGAAAGAGGAUGGAAAUUUUCUGGCGACGAAUCAUUCAUCGAGACCGACGACAAUAGCGUGUGGCCAUCGACGGCGACCUCCAAAAUUGAUACAGUCAUUGAGGAGAGCAGAACGACAAGUAAUACUUCAGUAUCGCCUUAUUCGCCAAUCAGUGAGAGGUCUGGAUCUUCAUUCUCCCAGGAAUCUACUGCGGAGCUGUGGGAAAACGCUUCGGCUACCACAGAGCCAUGGGAGAGCGUUUCGGCUAGGUCUUCGCCCCCUCAGACGCCGAAGUCAAAGCACGAGCCCGAUGGCAUUCCUCGGGUUGAGUUAGCACCCCCUCGUGGAGAAUUUCUCAAGCGUAAAUGUGAUAACCUGGAUGAGAGCUCGAAGAAGGUCAAGCUCCAACCAGUCACACUCCCUAGUGUUUACCAUAUCCUACCAGCCGAGGAGCGCGAAUGCCAUCAACCCUCUUCCCAUUGCAGACAUCAGAGGGUGCUACAGACACCUAGUUCUAGCCCGGAACCCGAAAAUGAGUACUCUCUCUCAUCACGGCCAGGGUUUCCGGCGCCAGAAGACCCCAUCGUCCAGUGGCUUAAUCUCAGAAGGAAAGAAUCCAAUCGCCGUCGAGAACUCCUUUCGCAACCCCGAGAUUCAAGGGGGAAUUCUUUGAACAUAUCUUUGAAUAUUUCCUUGAAAUUUUGCGAUCCGCAACCAGUAUUCUACCGGGAGAAACAGCAGUACACUUCUCAGUCCCGCGGCUAUUGUCAUCGACCCCGACCACAACCCUCGCUAUCUGAAGAAGAUCCUAAAGAAGAAUGCAACAAAAAGAAUCCACACAAUAACAUCAAGUAUACAACAGAGGAGGCUGAUUUUAUUCGAUUUAACAAAUACGAGUUGAAGCUCUCGUGGGAGGAGAAUAAACGCCUCUUUAGGAAGAAAUUUCCUAUGCCGCCUGGAAAAGAACGUGCGACCCAAGGCAUCCAAGGCGUUCACUACAGAGACAACCAACAUCUCCCUCACCUUACAGAUAAGGGAAGAAGACUUGUGUUUCUACCCGAGGGACACGUAGAGGCAGUGGUUGCCAAGGUUCGAAAACAACUGGAAGACAAACCAUACUUCAGCCUGACCUACCUAUAUCCCGAGCGAGCUAUGCUCUACGACUGGGUGCCAUACAAGAUGAAAAUCGUGGCUGCUGAACUAGCCGAAGAGCGCGCUGCACAGAAGGAACAGGCACGACGUGAAGCGAUUGAAAAGGGCAAGUGGAAGGAAAAGCUGGCAAACGGCCAGUGCGUCUGCUGUUACAAGCCAGACGGCGACAAGGAGACCCAGAAGCGCCCAUCUCCAUACGAGCCCUCUCCAGAACGUAACAAAUUCGCUAUGUCCCCAAAGCUCGCGGACAACCCUCUCAAAAUUUCGCAUAUAGUCAAGACGGAAGACGGACUCUACGGGAAUACUGGUUACGGCGCCAACUACAGGUGA